GUUGAGCUAGAACUGCUAAUUGGACGCAGAAGCGGCGGGAAUCAGAAAAUAUUGAACCCUCGAAAUGGUUGAACGAAUUGAAGACCUAAAUUUGCCGAAUACGGCGGUGACACGAUUGAUCAAAGAAGCUGUUCCGCCGGAGGUGAAAGUAUCUGCCGAGUGUCGUUUGGCGAUUGCCCGUGCGACAUCCGUUUUCAUUCUGUACCUUACCGCAGCUGCUACCACAGCAGCGCAGCGGAAGAAUCACAAAUCUCUGACUGCCGAUCAUGUCUUCGGAGGACUGGAGGAAAUAGAAUUCGAAAGUUUCAUACAGCCCUUGAAGAACGAAUUGGAAACCUACAGGAAGAUGAUUAAAUCCAAAAAAGAGAAAAAGAUACCGAAGCCUGACAACGAUACAACAGUUGAGGGGGCAGUAAUUGAUCUGGAAAAUUUGGCAGAACAGCCUUCAAAUGAACAGACGGUACAAGCUGAGGUGUUAGAAUAAACACAUCUUUUUCGAAUAAUAAAUUUGAUUAU